CAAAAUAGAUUGCGAUUCUAAACGAAUAUGUUUGGGAACCAUUUCUCUCCUCCUCCCUCUUCCAGUCCCCAACCAAGCAGAAAAAGAUACCUUUGUUAUCAUUGUAGAAGAUACUUUGUACUGGUGGUCAGCUUGGACAUGGGGAGUGAUUGGUGCCCACAGUGUUCCCUUUGUGGUAGUACGUUCGUGGAGGAAUGUUCGCAAGUUGGGGAGGGUUUCCACCAAGUUACUGGAGAGAGCUUGGAAAUGAGACCAUUAUUAUGUUUGGAUGAGUGGGGAAGGGAAGACACGAGCAUGCCCUUAUGGGAAGGGUUACCAAUUGCACCUAGUAUUGGUUCUUCUUUGUACGUCAGACCGAAUACAGCGCACCAUAGCACUGGUAUGCAAACUUCUAGUUUAAGUUAUUACACUGCAGGUAGAACAGCGUCAACUAGCACUGUGACGGAGAAUUCGAGUCCUUGGCAGCAUGUUUUGGAAAGAUUAUGGGAUGCCUUUUCUAGAUUAAGAAGCAGCAGAAGAGAACAAACAACACUUCGGCCUCCAAUGAGUGCCCAUACUACGGCUACUACUAGUACCACAAACCAUUCAACACUUUAUUCUUCUUCUGUCUCAUCAGGUAGUGUGCAUAGUCUUCCCACGAGUAGGGUCUCUAGAAGAGUGAGACAUAGAACAGGUGAACAUACGCAAGAUAUGAAUAGUCUCAAUGUAGAAGAGAUAUGGGAACGUGAGUUGGCUACACUUUAUCAACAGCUCCUGUUUUCACAAAACGACCCAGAGGAAUAUGCACGAGUGGAAGCUUUCUUGUCUAGUAUGUUAGAUUGUUUAUUGGAACUUUAUUCACAAAGGUCGAGUCCAACGUCCAAGUCAUUUGUAGAUAGUUUAGAAGGUCAAUUGUUGACUGAACAGGACGCAAAGGAAGCCGAAAGCUGUGCAAUCUGUUGGGAAGAGUUUCAAGUCAAUACUGUAGUUGUAUUCCUUCCCUGUAGUCAUUUGUUUUGCAAAAAUUGCAUUUGUACCUGGUUGAAGGAGAAUUCUACUUGCCCCACUUGUCGUUACAAGUUGCCUGUAGACAAUGCAAAGUCGAAUCAUGAAGAAAGCAUAUAGACUUGAAUUGCGAUUUGAUUUUGAAGAGUGUGUAGGGAUCGGAUAGUUUCUGUCCACCUGAGUGUGAAAAUAAACAGUGACAUUCCUCCUAUAUUGCAAAUAUGGCACGAAAUGAAGAGAAAGCACAGUCUAUGUUGAACAGAUAUUUACGUGGUAAAGCAGAAGAAAGAGGCGAAUAUUUUCCGGUGGGUAGUAAACACUCGCGUGGUUCU